AUUUGCCUGGCCAAUUUCCCAUAUCUCAGGAUGUUUUUUUGAGCUACAAAAAUCCAGUGGGUGCUCACCGACAUAUCCGCCUUCAAUGAACCUGUUCCUCCCGUGUCUGAGGCCUUCCUGAUCUUGACUGACCGCUCGCUAACAAAUACCGGUCUAGGUGAAACCACUUCCAGCCAGCAUGCCAUAGGAAAUCGGUCAGAAUUCAUUAAAAUUCCCAUUCCUUCUCCGCUCGAAACAACAUUCGUAUUGCGGCAAGCUUACGGAAUGGAUGUGAUCUCCGCACAUGAGCCGGGCUAAACCUGGGAGGAAAACCCCUGGUUAGCUACUCUCUCUUGUCUCCCGUUAGCGACGGUGCUAACGGCCGCCUCGAUUUACCAACUCGUUUCUCAACCCUCCCAACGACAAUCCUAUUGUAGCGGCCGUUGGCAGGAAUAGACUUACCUUACCAUCUUACCCCAGACGAAUAAUUCAACUGCUUUACUGAACAAAACAAAAACAACAUACCCGCUCGGAAUAAUGACAAAUUCACGCACUAACGAAGUAGACAUGGACGUCGAGGCUCAUACCGCCUUCACAGUGAUGCCCUAUAUCUCCCCAUCACAAACAUCGCCCGUUGCUGGUAUCAGUCUCAAACUCUCGUCGUCAUGGACCUACUGCGGACCUCUGCUUACCCAACCACACCAAACUUUCCCUCCCUCAUUCUUCACCUGGUCCGAACAAACCGUCAACGGCUCCAUCCUUCCAGCUCUCACUCAGUUCCUCAGCUUCGUCAACGAAUUCCUCCUUAAAAACAACCUCUCCCACUACUGGCUCACGGUCAAGGCGUCUAGAGGAACCAGCGAAUUUGAUACGCCACGAUGGCAUACCGAUGACCUCUUUUACAGCAAGGGCGACGUGGACCCCAUAACUAAGGUACAUGAAACGAAAUGGAAGCUCGCUACAGCUCUCCUCGGCCCCGGCACGCUCUUCUUGACCUCCCCCGCCCGCGCACGCUCCAUCCACAACCGAAUAAGAAAGUCGGUCCGUGAUGAAACCGAAGAACAUCUCUGUGCGCCUGUCCGAUGCGUCGGAUGCGCCACGGCUGCAGAAUCAGUUCGCCAGCGUUUAGCUGAAGAAUUUCGAGACCAUGGAUAUGUACAAGCGGGACCGGGCGAGUGUACAUUUUUCCGCGUCGGGGAUGAUGAGGGAGCGGUACAUUCAGAACCUCCGUGCCAUGGCGAUCGGAUAUUUGUCAAUGUGGUCCCUGGGCGGGAGGAGGAGUUAAGAGAGCUUAUGAGGAAAUGGGGCAUGCAAUUUCCCCGCGCUUGGUGUCUGGAUUUACCACUACAGUUUGGUAUGGGAGGGGAAGUUCGAGAUGUUUGGUAAUGUUUGAUAAUGUUAAGCUAAAGUGUGUUAUGCCGGCAGUGCAAACCAAUGUUUCUCCCUUUCGGUUUACGUUGCCUUGUCCAACGGUAUUAAAUUGGAUUCCGCUCUCUGGCUUCAUGCGACAUUUCUUCCAUAUUCCUUGGUCCUUUUUAAUUUUCUUUGUUGUCAAGCUGGCAUUUUCAAUCCUGAUCACAAUCGCACACCCCGUCCCACAUCUACGACGAGGCCCGUUUGAAGGGUAUAUAUGAGGUACAAAGAAUCUCAGUUAAUGGAAGGCUGUUUACAAAGGGUGUAAACUUUCAGCCGUUGCUUUGCAUUGUCAAUCGGAAGAUAUAUGCGUCCCAGAAAUCCAAACAUUUUUAACAUGGCCCAAUUAUGUUUCCCUCAGGUUGAGAUGGUGACAAAGAGCAUAGAACCUCAUCCGAGGUUACCCCCGAAAGCCACGCGGGUUGCAGUUUUACAUUUCGCGCAGGAUCGAGGCUAAAUGCCAGGGCACGUCGCACACUGAGCUAUGUUCAAAACCGCCUGCUGGUCGCAAUGAUAUAAAGUGACAUACAUACAUUCAACAAAGGAUGGAGGAAGAAGGAAACCAGACCAAAAUGUUCACUCGCUUCAAAAGUGCAUUUCUAAUGUGUACUCUGGAUCUGAAAGAUCACGCCUGCAAUGCAACGUUCCAUCCCAGCCAGCUUAACUAUGCUAUGCAUCUACGCAUAAUUUUGUCUGCUCAUCAAUCUUUGUGUGAAUCAAUGAUUUUGCAAACACAGCCAGGCUCAAUGGCACACAAAGUGUUGCCUCUGUCCUGCACAGCGAUAUUUGGUUUAUUUGGCAUUUUUGUACAGACAUCCGGCAUACCAUAAAGAGUGCGCCUGCAUCUGCAUUCAAUCCCAAGGCAUCUUAACAAAAGGAAGAUCUUCGACUUCCAUUCUCCAUCUCAACAGUUCCUUGCAUGACAGAUAACAAACCUUUUCAUGGAUACCACCACCCCUAACUAAUUCCAACUAACCAGCGGCUAGCAAAACACACAAAAGUUAGCUUAUUAUCAGUCUCCCACCUCCUCUCUUCCAUCCACGAUCUCAAGAAAACUCAACACCCACCCACUAGGGGCCAACUUUUCUCCUCUAUUCCCGAACUCCGAAUCCACAAUCCCCCUCCUCUCAGAAUCCCCAUAACCUCUCAUCUCACCCUAUCUCAUUCUCUUUCUAUCAUUUGAACCCCCCCAGCCAAUCUACAUCAUGAAGCUCACCUGGGCCCUCUGCGUGACAUUCAUAGGCCUCAUGACAGCAGUGGCCGCCAUGCCAGCGUCCCCCAAUGAGGCGCGGGAUGUCUUAAGUCCCAGCAGGAAGUGCACGGGGACAUGCGUUCAAAGGGGCGGAAAAUGCUGGGAGGAGGGAUGUAGAUGUAACCGAUUUGUGAGCAUUGGAUUCCCCCCCCCCUCUUUUACUUUUUGAUGGAGGCUCUCAAUCUCGAAAACUGUCCACAUGCAAGACUAACAAACCCCUCCCCCUCCUCAACAUACAGAGCGGUUACUGCGUACCCUAUAAACCAUGAUGACACCCCCCCCUCCCCCCCCCCGGGUACCUACUCGGAGACACGAGGGUUUGGUAUGAGCCGGGAACAGGGACCAAGGACUGCCUGCCUGCACACGGGCUGGUGAUAGGAUACUUAACUUAUAUACUUAACUUAUGUAACUUUCUAACGGAAGAAGGAGGGGAGAGGGAGGGAUCAAUGAAUAUACACCGCUGGUUUUACGAUUUAGUUUUAGAGCGAAUCCUUUGUGUUUUAUUUUUGGGGGGAUAGAUAACUAGUGAAAAAGAGGGGAAUUUUGCCCAUAGUCGACGCGUCUUGUGGAUUCCAUCCAUUGCGCAUAGAUGCCUAUUUCGUUUUUCUGUUGUGUUAUCUGUGUCGCUGAAAGGCUAGAUGGGGUGUAUGUAAUACCGUGUGGUCCGCAAAUCGGGGGACGAUGGAAAACCCGAUAACUCUUGAUAGAUAGAACAACAACGUACAUCUACAUAUCCAUGCACACAGUUGUUUGUUCUCACAUGUGGUAGGAAGUAGAAGAGCGAAAAACUACUCGCUAC